UGCCUUCAGGUUGACUGGGCGGCUCGAUGCGGCUCCGGCGGAGGGCGCACAGCUCUUCCUCCUCUCCUUGCCUCCCGGGAGGCGCCAGAGGCUAGAGCCAGAAGGAGAAGGCGAAGCAGCAGCAGCAGAGCGAGGAGCUGCUCCCAGCCCUUCCUCCUCCUCCUCCUCUUCCUCCUCCGCAGCCCCCUGUCCCCUUCUCCGGCGGGAUGAGCACCUGUGACGCCAAGGAGUACCUGGCCAAGAGGGAGAUCCCGCAGCUUUUCGAGAGUUUGCUGAAUGGAUUAAUGUGCUACAAACCUGAUGAUCCAGUGGAGUAUCUGGAAGGUUGUUUACAGAAAGUGAAGGAACUGGGAGGAGCAGAAAAGGUUAAAUGGGACACUUUUGUUAGCCCAGAGAAAAGAACACUACCUCCACUUAAUGGCAGCCAGUCAAGGAGAGCAUUUUUCAGAAAUGUGAUGCCGGACAAUCCCAAUUUUCCUUACCGGCGAUACGACCGACUUCCUCCAAUCCACCAGUUCUCCAUAGAAAGCGACACAGAUCUCUCAGAAACAGCUGAACUGAUUGAAGAAUACGAUGUGUUUGAUCCUGCAAGACCACGGCCCAAAAUCAUCCUUGUCAUAGGUGGUCCAGGGAGUGGAAAGGGAACUCAGAGUUUGAAAAUAGCUGAACGCUAUGGAUUUGAAUACAUCUCUGUUGGGGAAUUGCUAAGAAAAAAAAUCCAUAACACAAGUAGUAAUAGAAAAUGGAGCCUGAUUGCAAAGAUCAUUACCACUGGAGAAUUAGCCCCACAGGAAACAACUAUUACUGAAAUAAAGCAGAAAUUAAUGAAGAUUCCUGAUGAAGAGGGUAUUGUUAUUGACGGAUUUCCAAGAGAUGUUGCCCAAGCUAUUUCCUUCGAAGACCAGAUCUGUACACCCGAUUUGGUGGUGUUUCUGUCUUGCUCAAAUCAGCGGCUGAAAGAGCGGCUAAUGAAGCGUGCCGAGCAGCAGGGGAGGCCUGAUGAUAAUCUCAAAGCUACACAGAGACGCCUAACAAACUUCAAGCAAAAUACUGUUCCACUGGUCAAAUAUUUCCAGGAAAAAGGACUGAUCAUGACAUUUGAUGCAGAUAGAGAUGAGGAAGAAGUAUUUCAUGACAUAAGCAUGGCAGUUGACAACAAAUUGUUUCCUCUUCAAGAACCUGUAGCAGGGCCAUGUGAACUUGACCUUAAUCUCAUUGUGGACACUGGAAACCUUGCUGAUAAUGAUUUUGACUUUGAAGACCAGGGAUAUGACCCAUCAUGUCUUUGUAGACCUGAGAAUGUAGAAGAUUUUGUAGAGGAUCUGAAGAAAUCACACAUCAUUUUUGUAAUUGGUGGCCCAGGCUCUGGCAAAGGAACACAGUGUGAGAAAUUAGCACAGAAAUACGGAUUCACACAUCUGUCCACAGACGAGCUGAUCCAGCGUGAAAUGUCAUCGAUAGCAGAAAGGAGUAAGAUCCUCAAAGAUGCCAUGGAAACUGGCAAGCUGGUACCAGGGGAUAUUAUUCUGGAGCUCCUAAAGGAAGCUGUCCUUGCUAAUAUGGGAGACACAAUAGGAUUUCUGAUUGAUGGCUUUCCCCAGGAGAUGAAGCAAGCAGAAGAGUUUGAGAGCCAGGUUGGGGAACCAUCCCUAAUGUUGUGCAUGGACUGUUCAUCUAAAACUAUGAGCAGUCGCCUUCUGAAAAGAAGUCAAAGUAGCCAGUGCCUUGAUGAUAAUGCUGAAGCCAUUGUGAAGCUCAUUGAAACGUACUACCAGUCAGCUGAGCCACUGAUCAUGUAUUAUGAAAACAGAAUUCCACUGUUUAAGAUAAAUGCAGAAGGAACACCAGAAGAAGUUUUUCUUGAAGUAUGUACUUCAAUUGAUGCUUUUCUGAAAAAAGAAGGAUUGGCACCCCCCCUUUCAGUGGACACUGUGUAAUUGUAAUCCUCACCCCGAGAUGUGCACUCCCAGUGGUCCUGCUAUUUGAAGCAAUAGCUGCUGCCUUGAAAGAUCAGUGCAUGUUGUAAACAUUGCAAAAAUCUCCAUAACUUGUACGGUACAGUAAUGGCACACUUGUACUGUAGAUUGUCUAUCAUACCGUUUGCACUUCACGGGUUAAGAUGCAGCAUGAUAAACAGCAGCUCCGAUUUAUAUAAAUCAUGCCUUGCACUAAACUAUUACUUGAUAUAUUAUACUGUCAAGCAUUGAGAUCCUGGUCAAGAGAACUGACAUAACAAUGUAUUUACUUGUUUCGUAAAGAGUUCGGUUUUAAGGUUACUAAAGCUUGUUCUUUCUUUAGUGUUUUAAAAUUAUGGGUUUUUGCCAUCUUAUUGGUGUAACAUACCAGCACUGGAAUUGCAGCUGAUUAUAGUGGAAAUUUGAAAAUGCUCAGAAAAUGUAGUGUAAAUACUUUAUAAAAUAAAGUUAAAUGUGAACUAGUUAACUAAUGUGUUUAUGGGAUCAGUUUUUUGACAAGGUGUGUUCUAAUGGUUUCUGUACUAAUGCAAAGGAUGAUUUUUAAAACAUCUGCAAUUAAAAUAUAUUAAUACUGUCUGCUAAAAAUAUCCAGUGCCAAAUAUUGCUGGUAUACUUAAGAUGUAUAAACACUUAAGUUAAUUAUAACAGUAUUUAUUAUGAUAGUAAAAUUAUGUAUGGUGAGAAACUAAGAAAUGAGCACUCGGAAGGGCAGGAGGCGACCCUCCAUUUAUAUGGUUAUUAUAUAUCCAACAUAAACAGGGCAAUUGUAAAUUUCAAUUUUUAAUUCUAAAUUAACUUACAUUAUUUGAAUGUAAGUUAGGAUAAAGUUAUGCUAGGAUAAAGUGUAUGGAGCUAUCACUCACACAGCUUGUUACUUGUCAAUAUUCUCACUUUGUACAAAAUGACAGUACAGAUUUCACACAUCAAUUAAAAGACUUGGGAUUUUCUGUAUGAUGAUGAUUAGCAGGUUUAAAGAAUAUUGUAUCCAUAGGAAGGAGCUGCAUUUCUUCUGGAUCAUCCACUAUUUCUGCUUGCAUGAUUGAUCCUUCUGUCAGUUGCAUCAUUAAUGAGUACUUCAAGCAGAUUUGUAUUUUUCAAGUUAUUUUUCUUGUAAUGAAAAUGUAAUACAAAUAAAAUGUAUAACAGA